AUGCUUGGCCAUUUCCUGGCGAUCUUAUCAUGCUUUCUAUAUCUUUUUGGUAUUAUCGCCGCGCUUCCUCCAGGUGAGGUCGCGCUCCGCACCAGAAAUGCCCCCGGAAAGACCGAUAUCGAUACGAUCAAUGAGUUCGGGCGAGCACUUCAUGUCGCUCGAGCUCAAUCCAACAAGUCCACCCAUCCGAUGAAUAAGACCUCUCUUGCUAAGAGCUGGUCUGGUGCUACCUUGUUCCAGUAUAGUGACAACUCCAUCGCCAUAAACUGUGUAACUUGCUACGUUAACGGCUCUGUCACCGGCGACAUGACAAUCACAGGCGACUUCGCCGACACGGUAAACAGUUUCAAGAAUGAAGUCACAAAUAUCACGGACGAAGCCAUCGAUCAAUUAGAAGAAUACGCUAAGGAUGCCUGGACAAGCCUCUCCGAUGGAAACACGGACAUUCAGGCAUUCCCCACUCUCGACCUUGAUUUCAGUCUAAACAACCUCACCAAUGUCCCGGGGGCUAAGGUCCAUUUCGAGUUCGAUAAUCUGGAAUUAUACCUGGACCUCGAAAUCCAGCUUGCCGCAGGUGCUACCUAUACCCUGAAUCUUAUUUCCUCUGAAACCCCCGCGGGAAUUAAGAUCCCUGGUCUCACCGUGGGCGCAGUCUUCAGCAUUGACUUGAUUCUCAUCGCAACUGCCGAGGUAGAUAUCGGGAGCGGAAUCCACAUCAAGCUUGACGAUGGACUUGCUUUUGAUAUGGAACUCUUCCAGAGUAAUGUUUCCGGUGUUACACUACCAAGUGGCUCCUACGAAUUUCUUCCAAUCACAAUCGAAGGCCAUGGCACUAUUCAAGCAAUUCUAAAACUUCAAGCAAGCGUGGGCGUCGAAUUCGCCUCGGGCGACCUCAGCAUCCUACCGAGCUACAGCGCCGGAAUCGGAGCCGACGUCUUCGCCUACGUUGCCGAUUUUGUAGUCGAAGUAAACGGAACCUCGACAGCAGAUGAAGGAGAAUGUGAGCUCGAAGCCCUCGCAGAAUACACUCUUGCAGUCGGCGCCGCAGCCGGAGCAACUGUCGCAAUCGAUGACUACUCCUGGGGUCCAGCGCCCGACACCACCAUCCCCAUCUGGUAUACCACACUGGCCAGUACUUGUGCCGAAAUGAAGUCAGCGACCCCUUCGGCUCAAAUUAUGCCUCGGUCAGAGCUUGGUCAGCGAGAUGAUUUGAUUACGACAUCGGUCACGACUGAAGAGACAUAUACGAUUGUCCGGUGUAUAUCCUCGGGUCUUGCGAAUUGUCCUGUCAAUCUUCAAAAUACCACGUCUUAUGAAUCGACUGUCACGGCGACGGUGACUGUUGAGUCUGGUGUUGAUCCGACAUUCCCAGAGAAGACGUUUGCAUCUGUUAUGAGUGCUAUCCCUUUUGGGACGAAUGUCAAGAGGAUAGCUUCGACGACUGGUGCGCCGACGUCAUACACACCCUCUGCUACAUCGAACGGGGGAGCAAGUGCUAUUGUAAACGGAAAAGCAAACGGAACUAACAAUAAGCUGAUCAUCGGACUAUGCGUCGGCUUGGGGGUACCUUUCAUCGCGAUUUUGAUCUUUGGAUUCUGGUGCUGCAUCCAAAAGCGUGGAAAGAAAUCCCUACCGCAGUCCUCUGCUCAGCCUUCUCCAUCUCUGUCUAAUGAUAAUAUGCCGGUACCGGUGGAAGUGAAAGUGGUUCCGCGAAAGCCAGUGCCCCAAACUUGA